AUGGCAUCCACUGAUAUUGAAACGCUGCUCGGGCAGCUCUCUCUAGAGGAGAAGGUCUUCUUGCUCUCAGGAUCUGACAUCUGGCAAACUCAAGAAAUCUCACGGCUUGGCAUAGGGUCGAUCAAGACAACAGAUGGGCCCUCUGGUGCUCGCGGAAAGUUCGCCGUUGACGGACCAUCUGCAGCCUUCGUUCCAGGUCCUGUUUGCCAAGCAGCAACAUGGAGCAAAACUCAAAUGCGAGAUUUGGGUCGUUUGCUGUGUCGUGAAGCCAAGACUAAAGCAGCGCACAUCUUGCUCGCCCCAACAAUAUGCUGUGCCCGCAACCCUCUAGGCGGACGCAACUUCGAGUGCUUCGGGGAGGACCCUUUCCUCAGUGGAGCAUUAGCUAUCGAGUAUAUCAGUGGCGUUCAAGAGACGGGUGAGAUUUCAGCGACGGCAAAGCACUUUAUCGCCAAUGAGCAAGAAUAUGAGAGAUUCAGCAUUGAUGCAAAGAUUUCUGAGCAAGCACUCCGAGAAAUCUACCUCAAACCCUUCGAGAUGAUCAUCAGGUCACAAUCGCCUCCGGAUUGCAUCAUGACCUCAUAUAACGUUGUCAAUGGCGAACAUAUGGAUCAGAAUGCCCCCAUAAUCAAGGAUAUUCUUCGAGGGGAAUGGGGAUUUAAAGGCCUCGUCAUGAGUGAUUGGGGCGGUACCAACUCGACCCUGGAGAGUCUCAUUGCUGGCCUUGACUUGGAAAUGCCCGGGCCUCCAGAGAAGCGUGGGAAAAUCCUCCUCAAGGCAAUCCAGGACAACCCGACGACAGAGACCUUACAGGCUCUAGACACCUCCGUUACCCGCAUCCUAUCACUCGCUCGCAAAUUCGACCUUCUGGGACUUUCUCCGGAGCUUGCCAAGAAGUCGCGAGACCGCACAGAAAUUUCUUCUACAACCAAAGAAGACACCAAGCUAAUGCGCGAGAUGGCGGCAAGUGGUAUUGUCCUACUCAAGAACUCGACUCAAACACUACCCUUGAAGCUGGAGACUCUUGCUGGGAAACAGGUAGCAUUCAUCGGGCCCAAUGCUCUUUUAGGCACCCCUGGUGGUGGCGGCUCAGCGAGCAUGAACCCGCAAUAUCUGAGCCGGCCCAUGGAAUCAUUCAAGGCAGUGGCUAAAACGCAUGGCAUCGACUUGUCUGUUAAAUAUGCGCCUGGAGCAUACGCAUUGAAGUGGCUACCUCUCUUCGAGAAAGCCCAGUGGACCUCAGAUCCAUCAGCGGAUGCCCAAGAAAAGUCAAUGGUCCAGAUUGACUUCUUUGCAUCGACAGAUCUAUCUGGUCCUAUUGUAGAGACACAAUUCCGCGACAGCUCGAACAUCGAUCUGUCGGACAGUGCUCCGCUGGAGUUCCAGAUUGACCCUAUCCCACCUUAUUCCUUCAGAGCUUCCUCAACAGUCCUCUCUUCAGUUUCAGGAACGCAUUCCUUCAGUUUAAGCAGUGUCGGAGGAUCCAAGCUAUUCGUCGAUGGAGAACUCGUUGUCGAUAACGCCAAUUGGGAGAAUCGAGGAGAGACAUUCUACUCAUUCGGAAGCGCCGAGUGCAUCAAUGCCAAGUUUAUGGAAGCCGGAAAGCACUACAAGGUGUCGAUUGAGGGCUGGGUGAACACCCACUCAACAGCUGAGAGGGCUUCCUCAGACGAUGUUAAUCAUGUCUUCUCCUCCAAUCCAUCAGUUCGCAUCGGUUUCUCUCCGCCAAUCCCGGAUUCACAGACUAUGAUAACCGAGGCCGUCACUCUCUCGAAUGAGAGUGAGGUGACAGUUGUGGUCCUAGGCCUAAGCGAUGAAUGGGAAAGCGAAGGCUAUGACAGGCAGUCAAUGGCGCUACCAGGAGACCAAGAUCUACUUAUCGAAGCCCUCCUUCAACGUACAAAUCGGCCAGAGAAAUUACUAUUCGUCAAUCAAUCAGGAUCUCCCGUUGAGCUUCCGUGGAUUGAUGGAGUGUCGACAUUUGUGCAGGCUUGGUACGGAGGACAGGAAGCUGGAAAUGCCUUGGCGGAUGUGCUUUUUGGGACUGUGAAUCCAUCUGGCCGAUUGCCUAUUACGUGGCCGCGGCGUUACGCCGAUCUUCCUUUCUCUUCCGACCCGCAGUCUUGGCCAGGAAUUGACGGAACUGUGCUCUACAAGGAGGGUUCCCAAGUCGGGUAUCGAUGGUACAGCCACCAAACUGACAUACAACCACAGUGGUGGUUUGGCUAUGGGCUGAGUUACACCCAUUUCACUUCCAUUAUAUCUGCAGGAAGUUCCAACGAUGAGGACUGGACUGUCUCUGUCACCGUGGAGAACUCUGGAAAUGUGGCUGGCCAAGAAGUUGUGCAGCUAUAUAUUUGCCACAAGGACCGGCCAGAAGAAAGGGCGUUGGUGGGUUUUGAGAAAACAGCAACCAUUGAGCCGUCUAAAACAUCGACGAUGAAUAUGGUGAUCCAAAAGCGCGACGUUGCCCGUUGGAUUGAUAACAAGUGGUUGUUGUGCGAAGGCGACUAUAUUUUGGGAGUAGGCACAGGCGCGGGAGAUGAGAUGGAAAUAAACGUCCAGCUGUCUCAGGAUGAAACCAAGACUUGGUCAUAG